AAUUCUUUUUAUUUCCUGCUUGCGCGAGUUUCAUCGUGACAAUCCAGUGUGUCUAGCGGGGAGGCACCGGCAGUAGUGCAAAAAGUAGUGGCUGGUACUACCAACCACCUCCCAGCCUUCCACCAAAUCUAAGUACUCCAUUUCCUCAGCCCGGCAAACACCCACCUCCUUCACUUUCCACACCACGCGCUCACUGCAUACACUACCUAGCAAUUGCAUCUUUCAGACUGCUAACUUUUGCGAUCGCGUUGUUGUGUCGCUCUAGUCUGUCACUAUCUAUCGACCUCCACCUCCGGUACGAGUAGCGAAUCAGCGGCUACCCCGCAGACAGCUCCCCACCCUCACCGCCUGGUCGACAAAGAGCUGUCGCAUACGCUCAAAAAGAUAAUCAGACCUUCGUCUGGUCUCCUGCCGACAACAUGGUAUUCUUCCAUGCGCCUGCAGCGGUCUUGAGCCUGCUUGCUCUCAGCUUCCUUCCUUCCGUCUCCGCGACACUGUUUCUAAAGCCCACUCCAGCGGCGCGCCUCAAUGACUUCGAACGGCUGAAAUUGGCACUCGCCAAACGACAGAACGCAUGUGCCGGCACUCCAUGUGGCUUUGAGGACGCGUACUGCUGUACAGGUGGACAACAGUGCUUUACCGAUGCAAACAUGAAGGCCUUAUGCACUGCUGGUGAUGGUGGAUGGAUAUACAGUACCUUCUACUACACCGCAGCCGAGACUGUUACGAAGCAGUCGGUUUGGAGCACCUACGUCGGGAGCAGCCCGACCGGAUCGGCUUGCAACCCUUCCGACAUGUGCGGCACCGCAUGCUGCGGCAGCGGAGAGUGGUGCCAAGACGCGUCUAUCAACCUGUGCAAAGUUAUUGGAGGCGGAUCAGCAGGAUCUCCUGGAGUUACUGGUACCGGUACAAACCCAUCCGCACCUGUGCGUCCCACGAGCAAUGGAGUAAUCGUUAUCACAGCAACUGGUUCCGCAACUGCCACCGUCCCUUUCACCACACCAAUCCCGACGGGCGUCAACGGAACGCUCGUAGAAUCGAACUCGGGAGGAGGGGGGCUCAGCGGUGGAGCUAUUGCCGGUAUCGUCAUUGGUGUCAUCGCUGGCAUCAUUCUCCUUCUGCUCAUCUGCUUUUACUGCUGCGCCAAAGCCGCCUUCGAUGGUGUCUUGGCCUUGAUCGGUCUGGGCAAGAAGAGGAAGCACACGCACGAGGAGACGACGUACAUCGAAGAGCACCACAGCGGUGCGGCCGCCGGCGGACGUCGUUGGUACGGCCAAGCUGGAUCGGCUCGCCCAUCACGUCCAGCGAAGAAGGAGGGCGGUGGGCUAGGCAAGCUCCUGGGCAUCGGCGCUGGUGCCGCUGCAAUAGGAGCUUUGCUGGGCAUGAAGAAGAAGAAUGAAAAGCGUUACGACGACAAGAGCACCACGGUUACCGACUCUUCCUACUAUUACAGCGACUACACCAGCAGUAGCAGUGCCAGCUCUGACGACCGACGAACGCGCCAUACACGACACUCGUCGCGUCCCUCGCGUCGCUAGUCGCGUUUGUUCAUCUUUCUUUCUUGUAUAACACUUCGAAAAUAUCCCCGUUGAUAGCGCCUUUUUUUCAUGCAUUAUGGCUGGCUGCCUGCAUAUGACUCACUCUGAUGGCGUUCUGGCGACUGGAUUAUGAAAGACAACUGUGACAUGGGGUACGAGAGGUAUGACCAAGGGGUAAUGCGCAGUAUGGAUUAUGUGAAUGGAGGGCCUUUUGGUCUGUGAAUAUGUGAAUACGACAAUCCUGGCUUCCUGAGCUCAAAUUGCUGUGCAACGUGCGGGUGUGAUAUGUGAGACC